UGCUUUGUGAGGAGGUUACGAGCCCCCGGAUGUCAGGGAGUGGUCGGCCAGUGGCUUAAAGCAAGGAUUUUACGAAAUUGCACCUGUGCGGGGCCUUAACCUGUGAGAAGCCAUCUGCAAAGCAUUGCCAGUUAUUGGAAAAGCAUUUUCCGAAAUAUCAAGAUUUUUAUGUGCGUUAUCCUGUCACGGCAAGCCGGUAAUCAUCCAUCAGUACCCAACCCGACGUGCCAUCUUAUGACAGCAUAGGUCAGCAUGGUGCUGGACAUUGACUUGUUUCGUGCGGAGAAGGGGGGUGACCCAGACAAGAUUCGGAAGUCACAGCGUGACAGGUUCAAAGAUGUCACCCUGGUCGACAGGGUCGUGGAACAUGACAGCAACUGGAGGAAAUUUCGCUUUGAUGCAGAUAAUUGGAACAAGCUUAAAAAUGUUUGCAGCAAAACAAUUGGAGAGAAAAUGAAAAGGAAGGAGACGCCGGGCGACGACGACACGCUGCCGGAGCUGGUGACCCUGCAGCUGGCCCAACUGACGGUGGACCACCUGCGGCCGCUCACCGUCACACAGCUCAAGAGGGUGCGCCAGCUGCUGGACGAGGAGAUGGCCAAGACGAGCCAGGCGCUCGAGCGCAGUGUUCAGGAGCGGGACGCGGCGCUCGCCAACAUCGGCAACCUCCUGCAUCCCUCCUGUAUCAUCAGCAACGAUGAGGAGAACAACGGCGUGGAGCGCACGUCGGGCGACUGCGCCGUCCGGCGGCGCUACUCGCACGUCGACCUGAUCCACAUGAUCGACGGCAUGGACGGCGAGCGGGGCGCGGCCGUGUCGGGCGCGCGCGGCUACUACCUGACCGGGCCGGCCGUCUUCCUGGAGCAGGCCAUCGUCCAGCUGGCGCUGCGCAUGCUGUUGGAGAAGGGCUUCAAGCCGCUUUACACGCCCUUCUUCAUGCGCAAGGAGAUCAUGCAGGAGGUGGCCCAGCUCAGCCAGUUUGACGACGAGCUGUACAAGGUGGUGGGCAAGGGCAGCGAGCGGGGCGACGACGCCUCGGUGGACGAGAAGUACCUAAUCGCCACGUCGGAGCAGCCGAUUGCGGCCUUCCACCGGGACGAGUGGAUCCCGGAGGCGACGCUGCCCAUCCGCUACGCGGGCCUCAGCACCUGCUUCCGCCAGGAGGUCGGCUCGCACGGCCGCGACACGCGCGGCAUCUUCCGCGUGCACCAGUUUGAAAAGGUGGAGCAGUUCGUACUGACUUCUCCGCACGAUAACGCCAGCUGGCUGAUGAUGGACGAGAUGAUGGACAACGCCGAGCGAUUCUGCCAGGCACUCAACAUCCCCUACCGCGUGGUCAACAUCGUCAGCGGCGAGCUCAACAACGCCGCCAGCAAGAAGCUGGACCUGGAGGCCUGGUUCCCGGGCAGCGGCGCCUUCCGCGAGCUCGUCUCCUGCAGCAACUGCACCGACUACCAGGCGCGCCGGCUGCGCGUCCGCUACGGACAGACGAAAAAGAUGGGCGACAAGGUGGACUACGUGCACAUGCUGAACGCCACCAUGUGUGCCACAACCCGGGUCAUCUGCGCCCUGCUCGAGCUCGGCCAGACCGAGACCGGCGUCACCGUGCCCGAGGCGCUGCGGCCCUUCAUGCCCGAGAAGUAUCGUCAGGAGCUACCGUUCGUCAAGCCGGCCCCCAUCGACCAGGCUGAUACCAAGAAGAGCAAACGGCAAAAGGAAGGCGUGAAGAAGGCCACUGCGGAGGAGUGAUACGCGGGCUGUUGUGACGUGUGACUUUUAGCGACGAACCACCGGGGACCAGCUUUGAUCUCUCGGACCACCAGCUUACCAAAUACGGCUUGAGG